AUGGCUACCAGUAAUGUGAAAGAUCUUCCAAGACCUUGCAGACCCCUUAAGACAACAAGAAGAGAGGAUAGAGCGCUGUCCGUGGGACUCAAGCAAAUCUUUGAAGCAACAGUGUUUACCGGGGAGAGCCCCUUCCUUCAAGACAGUCAGAAAUCGACUUCAGCUGAGAGUCGGUCCUUAUGUGGUGUGGAUGGUCGUAGACGUGUCUGGAGACAAAGGAGCACAGCCGUGGUUCCCUGCAAUAUCCAGGAGACUGUUCCCUUUGGGACAUUGUUCUUCAAUUCCGUGAAUCAGAAGUGGGCAUUGUACGCGCAGUUAAAUCGACCACUCUUUACCGGCAUAACAGUGAAUGGAACAAGAAAUGUCAUUGUGAAUGAACAUGAAACUGUGAGUUUCCAGUGUGACGUACACAGCAUACCGCCACCAUCAUCCAUAUGUGUUCAGCAGAAAGAAACCAACAGCAUACAUGACGUGGUCAUCAAGGACAUCAACUGUACUCACACUGGGACGUAUGUGUGUGUAGCUCGCAAUGUAGUCGGUGAGACCACAGGGAAGGAAACUGUCACCAUCUACAAUGUUAUAUCACAACCAAGAAGGUGUGAUUCCUCCGACAAAUAUGUUGAAAUGAGCUACGACAGUAAAAGUGUUUCGGGGACAUUUCUUGUCUGCAGUUACCCGGGACCAGUAAAUCAUAUUAUGGAAUACUUGGACAAAGGCAUCAAUGUUAUAGAUACGUCGGACAGCCCCCGACACACUCUAUCCAUGCACAAGGGUAAACGUUUCUAUACGUUUACGUUUUCCAUCUCAAGAAUGCAAACGAGGGACCUUGGAACCUAUAGACUCUCUGUCGUCAAUGAGAAGGGAACACUGGAGCUCUUUGUUCAACUUUUUGACCAAGGUCAGCUCACAAAUUGA